AUGUCGAAACUCUUGUUGGUGUUACUGAUUGCUGUGAACGCUGUUUGCGCAAUUGCUAAGCCUGAUCAAGUAGCUGUGGCUGCGCCUCUUCCUGCUACUCCUGCUGUUGUUGCCAACCCGUACGUUUCCGCUGCGUACAUCGCUUCUCCAUAUGCUGCUCCCGCCGCUUAUAGUUCUCCUUACGUCACAUACUCUACUCCCUACGCUGCGUAUACGUCAACUUAUAGCGCACCCUAUGUCGCACCAUAUUCCGCCUCAUAUGCACCUGCAGCCUACACCAAUGCUCCAUUGAACUCCGCGGUCGCAAGUCAACGUGUGGAUAUACAGAGCAAUUACUAUGCAACACCAGUGAUAGCUGCGGCGCCAGCACCUGCCAAGUUGGUCGCACCCCCAGCCGCUGUUGUAGCCAAUCCUGCUGGCUUUGUUGCACCUGCUGCAUACCCUGCACCUGUAGCUGCGGCUUACUCUUCACCUCUAGCUGCAGCGUAUACUGCACCAGCUGCCCCCAUUCCUGUUGCUGCAGCAGCUCCUUCCAUCGCAUCCGUAGCUCCUGCGCGCUAUGUUGCCCCUGCGGCAGUUGCUCCAGCGCGUUAUGUGGCCCCCGCCGCACCAGUAAUAGCUGCGCCACCAGCUAAGCUGGUGGUUGCCUAA